AACACUUUGGAAACCAUGAACUGCAAUGGAAAAAAAUCCCAUAAUCCCAAUCACGAGUCAACCAACAUAAAUGAGGAGAAGCAGUCAUAUUCCGCAACGAAAGUUUCUCAAUCUAAUGGCGACGUAAAUGAAACGGUUAUAGCAAGUGAUGACGAAUACGCUAUUGAUGCUGACCCAAUCUCAUAUAGCACACCAUCCAUGCAAAGGGGUCGAAAAAGGAGAACAUUACAGAAAUCUAUCGUAAUAGGUACUUCAAGCAUCAAAAUCCGCCUUCCUGAACCCGAACGUACCGAAAUUGAAGCCAUGGAUGCGGUGAUUAAUCUUGAACUUUUUAGUAACACUUGAUUGUGUAAAUAUAACCUCCCAUUACCCAAUUUCACCACUACAUGAACCACUUCUAGUAUGGACUUGCACUAAACCAAUGGUUCAGGUUUACAACAGGUGCAUAACUACUAUUUGAUGGAAAACAUUGUUCCAC